CGGACCGGACCCGCAACCGGUAGCAGACGGCUUUCGCGGGCCACCGGAGCAGACGGCGCGUAGGAUCGCCGCAACCUCUCGCGGUCACGGUCACGUGUCUCGAACGAUGAUACGGCACCUCUCUCGCUAGGGUCACAGGAGAGAGGUCAUUCCUAGCGGAACGACCAACGGACAAUCUGGCUGCCGCUUGAUGACGAAGAAGCUUCAGGACAAGCAAAGGCUGCGAGUGACAGUGUCGGUCGAUCCACAGUUUUUCACUUCUGAGAGUUCUACAGAGGAACGCAGAUGACGCUGACAACAAAAGCUGGCUUAAAUCACGUCAAGAAGGCGUCGAUAUCCGAAGGUAGUAGAUGUCUUCGACUAUCGACAGGACGUACUUCGGCUGUCCCUGUUGGCGAUGGGAGAUACAGUUAAACUGCGUUGAAAUGGCCAACUGUGCGUGUUACUGCAACAAUUCUCUGGAGUUGGAAAGUGUAACUCUGCCGCAGUGUUGCGUGAAUCCAAAUGCAAAUUAAGUUUACGAAGAUCGUCGCACUUAUUGCUGACCGCAGGGAACUUCAGAUCCUCAACUACACCCCCCCUCCCCCCCCUUUUUUUUGCUCUUAAAGAUCAUCCAUGUGCACCUCUAACCGACCACGCGUGUGCGCUACCCAAUGACUCCUGCUUGAGCGCUACGUAGGUUAAGAACCAACUCAAAGGAACUCCUUCAAUGUCGUCGUACCAUUCCUGCCAGGGUCCAAGACGUACAUCGCUUCUAGAAGCCAACGGCUCCAAACAAACCAGAGGUCCAAGAGUGUCGGCCUAGCUGGCUUCGCUUCAGAUGACGGACAGUUUGAAGUUGAACUUGGCAGACUUUAUAGAGGAGCCAUUCUCAGCGGGCUGUAAAUAAAAGACCCCGCACGCCAGCGUCCGGUCAUAGGCAGUCCUGGAGCCACACCUGGCGCGACCUCGGCUUUUUGGAUAGGUGACAUGAUGUCUGCAUUUCCGUAGUGUGUGCUUGUUGUUUCGCCGAGAAGCGUGGACUGUGCGACGUAGUCCAAGGUCGUCGGAAGUGCUCGUCGUGGACCGCGAUAAACCUUCGAGGAUUAAAGUCAAGCUCAAGAUCGACACAACAGCCAGUGGUGAUUCCUUUGUCAUCAGAGUGGAUUUCUAAUCGCCCCGGCCAGUUCGGCAGACAUGUUCUUCUAUCGCCAACGCUUCGCAGGUACAGCGGUUCCUGCGAACCGACAGCCGAAAUAUGCCCACGUCCACGCCGGCACGUGUCGGUGACGUCAGCGCAGUUGGCCAGGCUGCGAUGAGCCAAUGGGACAGCCGCGAUGAGUCCCGCCUACAGGACAUCCGUGCGGCGCCUGGUGGUCUACACGGCCGCUCUCUGCAUCCUCAUCGGGUACGCCUUCUUCGCGCCAGACCUGACGCUAGUGUCGGGACCCCAUUACGAACAAUCCCUGCCCCGCCAAGUCAUUCUCAACGAGCAAAACCGCGCGGCGAGCGAACCGAUCGCCGUAGGAGCUUUGGCAGAAGAGGACGUCGUCGGAGCCAGCGCCACGUCUGGAGAUAUCCGGAAGGGACGCGGCAAGGAACGUCGUGAUGUUGACGUCGUGCUUCCGGGCGGACACGUCGAUCUGGAAACGAGCUUCGGUAGGCGGCAAGGCAGCGGCAGUGCCGAAAAGGUUCGACUACUGCGUCGAAGAGCUUCGAGCCCUCCUGGCCGACUUACCCUGGCUCUGAAGACGACGCCGUCCCCGAAGAUAGCGAAGAUAUCCCGCGUACCGGAAGCCAUUAAUGGCAGUAGAAGGCGGGACACUGGGGUAACUCGGAAUAGUAAGCCGAAGAUUCGUCCGGAGUGGACAAGCCAGGCGUUCGGCGCAGCUGACGAUAUCGACGCGUUUAACGAAGUACUCGAUGGCGAGAAGAAUACUUCCGAUGAACAGGCAUCAAAGUUCGCCAAAGGUGAAGUGAUCAGUGAUUACGUGUACUCGGUGACCACGGAUUCUGUGAAUGGUGUGAACAGCCUCGAAUCUGGGCGUGGAGGGAACGUCACCAGGUCCAAUAAGCCUCGCGCACAUCUCGGUGUGCGGGCCGCCGCAGCGUCCGACGUGGAUGUGGCGGAGCGUCCCGAACGGCGCCUUCCGCAGGCAAUCAUCAUCGGAGUGAAGAAGGGUGGCACCAGGGCUGUGCUGGAGUACCUGAGACUGCACCCGCAGGUGAGGGCCGCGGGACCCGAGCCACACUUCUUCGACAAGCACUACCACCGCGGAUUCGACUGGUACCGCUCUCAGAUGCCGGAGAGCGUCCGCGGCCAGCUGACGAUGGAGAAGACGCCCAGCUACCUGGUGCGGGAGCGGGUGCCCGCCAGGGUGCGCGCCAUGUCCCCGUCGGUGAAGCUGGUGCUGGUGCUGCGGGAUCCGGUGACGCGCGCCGUCUCCGACUACACGCAGGCCUCGGCCAAGGGACGCGCCAGGCGUUCCUUCCUGCACUCGGUCACCGACAACCGCACCGGAACGGUCGACCGCAGCAAGCCGCUGGUGCGCGUCGGCCUCUACGACGAGCACGUGUCCCGCUGGCUGGAGCACUUUCCCCUCUCCAGCUUCCACUUCGUCAGCGGCGAGAGGCUGGUGGCGCAGCCGGAGAGGGAGCUGGCCUCGCUGCAGCGCUUCCUGGGCCUGAGGCCGCCCUGGGUCGGGGCCCGGCAGCUGGUCUUCAACCGCACCAAGGGCUUCCCCUGCCUGCUCCGGGAGCCCGGCGCGACGCCCCACUGCCUGGACCCGUCCAAGGGCCGCCCCCACCCCAAGGUCGACCCCUCCCUGGAGAGGAGGCUGCGCGAGUUCUACGCGCCUCACAACCGGCGCCUUUACCGCGUCAUCGGCAGGGAUCUCGGAUGGCCGCCUUGAAGUGCAUUUGUGCGCAUAUGUUGAAUGUGUGUCACGCGUGCUCGUAAAGAGGCAACUCUCUUAGAGUUGUUUGAAAGAUGUGUAGUGCCUGGUAGUCCGUGGAACGACGACAGCGCUGGAGCCGCGAUUGCUAAGUGCUCACUGACUCCUUGACUCGUUCGUGGUACCCCGAACCCAGAGUCGAUGCCCGGUUUUACAGAGGCUCCCUCGAGAGCUCUGCGCACCUCACUACCGGUGCAGCUGUGCCGUAUCGUCGGCAAGGAUCGACUUCGGGUGGCCGCCUCGAAGUGCACUGCACCCGCGUCAUGUGCGCUUAUAAAGAAGCAACUCUUUUCAGAUACUCAAGCUGUGUGUAGUGCCUCUUAGUACGCGGAACGAAAUCAACGUUGGAACUGUGAUCGUUCACCACAACUACCUCCGGUGGCUCCAGUUCUUGACCCAUGCCAGAGUCGACCCUCGACAUUAGGUGGACUCGACGUGCUCGACAGGCUCCCCCACGGGUCAUGCGCAUGCAGCUCUCAACCGGUGCCUGUAGCGGGCACCAUCGGUAGGGACCUGGGAUGACCGCCGUGAAGUGCGGUACGCGGCUAUAGCUUAUCCCACCGUGUUUCAGUGCGUCUCAACUGUGCUUGGUGCAGAAUAACCAGUCCUCUUGAAAUGUUAUCGUGUUCUGUAUAGAUGCCUGGUUGUCCGCGGAAAUACGUCUGCUCCGGAAUCGUCGCUUUGACAGUGGCUUCCACUGGUCAUGACUUUCGCAACACGGUGAAGGGAAUCAUCGACGCGCCUCCUGCAUCUGCACGCGCAAUUCACCAACGACGUCACCGACACAGACCCCGGCCGUAGCCGUCGUGAAAUCUGCCGAAGCCAAUCUCGCCAUCCACAAUACAGACAGUCACCUCGCUGCAUGCCAGCGUGAUGAACGCUGGACUACACGAGCGCGCGAGCGGGCGCGAUAUUUAUAUUUUAAUUCAACAGCAACACUGGUGUCGCGUGUUCCGAGCAUCAUGAAGAAGCUGUCGGUUUAGCGAACGAAAGGUUUAUCACAGGAAAUCGCGGAGAGGCUACGUGUACGGACUGUGUUGCAGUGAAGUUCAAGUAUGUUACCUUUCUUUCGAUAAAUAUUACGGUUACGUGGGACGGCUGUACGAACUCUUUUGUGACACGUAUGGCCCUGAACAGUGCGACGGAAAUCUCUCCAGUACCGGUGAUGGUCUCAAAUAAGUAGCGACAUAUCUGCCUGAAUUAAUGUUGCAGCGUGUGUAUGAUACGUCACGUAAAUCAUAUAUUUUUGAGACGCCAGAAUAUCGCGUGUGCUUCUGUCAGCGUGCAUGUGACAAUAAAGCACCUUGAACGCAGCA